UAUUUUUCGAUGAUAUUUUUCAUGUUAUUUAAAAUUUUGACAUUGUCAACGUUGGUCGUUGUCUCGUUGAUAAUUUAAUAUAAAUAAUAAAAGUUUGUUACAGUUUUGUGUUUAAAAUUAUGUUAACGUUCCUUUUCAUGCCAGCGCCGAUAGCAGCGUGAAUUUUGCGGCCAACGAUGUGAGACCUCGCUGCUUAAUUAUUUUUAUGUGGAGUUUGAGUCUGUUUGACGGUUUGUACCAUCGCUGCUUCUUUUAAGUUUUAAGUUAAAACUUUUAACUCCCAGAUCCUGUCAUCUUCAUUUUGUAUCCUCCACGUUCCCUCCGGAAAAUGUCCACCUCCCACUACCCCACCCCCACCCCCGACCCCACCUCCGCCUGGAGCAGCGCCGAGCAGUACGAGAUGUACGUGGCGCUGCUGGGGCUGGCCGAGUCCCUGCGCUCCCAGGGGGAGCCCGCGGGGGCCUACCACUGCCUGGUAGCCAUCCUGGCGCUCAACGUGCCCCACGUGGUGUCGGCGCGCAUCCACUGCGAGAUCGGGAAGCUGCUGCUGCGCCACAGCGACAGCCAGGACGUCGCCAAGUACUACCUGGACAGCGCGGUGAAUAUGGGACUCCACGCGCAGAACGGCAGCGCCCUGGAGGAGGCGCGUCUGGACGCGUCCUCCGCCCUGGCUGAUUACUACGUGGCGCAUGAUGAUGUGGCGCAGGCCCGCGACAUCCUCCACACAGCCAUCGAGCAGUCGCAGCAUUCGCCGUAUUGGCAGUGCCAUUUUAUUUUCCAGCUGGCGAACGUCUUCGUGCAAGGCCAGGACCACACAGUGGCCACUCAGAUCUUGACACUGGGCGAGUCGUUCUCCGCCCGCCAUCAGGCCGACUACCUGACCACGCUCUUCCAGCUGGCCCGCGCGCAUGUGUUCAUCCGCGGCAAACAGUACCAGUCCGCGGUGACGUCGCUGGCGGAUAUUGGCAGCCGGUUGGACGCCGCCACCGCCCAGGUGUCGGUGGGGCUGCGCGAUGAACUGCGCUUCUAUCUGAUCGCCCUGGAGGCGCUGUGUCGCCUCAACAUGGGCCAGGCCAAAUCCGUGCGGCCCUACGUGGCGCCGCUGCAGGCCGCCCUCGACCAGCUGACGCAGAACGCCGCCCAGGCCCCGCCCGCCGACCAUCCCCUGCAGAUGUUCGCACUGGCGCCCCGCUCCAUGUUUCCGGCGCUGCAUUUUGCCAUUUCCGCGCAGUUCUUCGCGCUGGUGGGCUACCAUGACAAACUGGACCGGUUGGUGCACCGCUGCAAAUCCUUCUUCGACGGCCUCGUGGGAACGGAGCACGGUGCACUGCGCGAUGAACUGCGCUGCGUCAUGUACCAGCACGCCAUCCCCACCAGUCUCAGCACCGGCCGCUUCAACCAGGCCCUGGAACAGAUCAGCGACUACAUCACGCUCUGCUGCAAAGAUUCCACGUUGAUGCGUCCGCGGCGCUGCCAGCUGCACACGCUGCUGGGCUUAUGUGCACUGCAGUUCGGCUACAACGAGGUGGCCGAAUCGCAGUUCGGCUACGCUUAUCGGUGGUGCCAGAGUCCGGAAAUGUUGGCACUGCUGACGGCCAACCAGGCGCUGCUGUAUUACAAGCAGCAGCGCUGGCUGGACCUCCUCAACGCCGCGCAACGCUCCCUGCCCGACCAGGCGCCGGAUCAUGUGGGACUGCGCUGUUCGGCCUUCAUCGUCCAGGCGCUCAAGGCCCUCGCCGAGAGCCGUUUCGCGGACGGACAGGUGCUGUUGCAGCGCGCUCUGCAGCUGAGCAACGCGGAGGAUCUCAACCAGAUGAUGGCCAACAGUCUCAUGCUGCUGGCCCGCAACUGCGCCGCCCUGGCGCAGUGGGAUAACGCCUUCAAAGCGGCUAAGGCCGCCGCCGAUCUGGCCGACAAAAUCCCCGCGCCGCAGCUCAGCAUCAACGCCCUCAAACUCAUUUCCGACGUCGCCGGCCAUGUGGGCGACCACGCCAGCCGUUCCACGGCCGUGCAGCAGGCUGCGCGUUUCGGCGAGCGGGAAGCGCAGGAGUUGGCGCUGGUGCAGCGCAAUCCCAAACUCAACACGCUGCAGUGGACCGGUGGAUGAUCGCUGGAUCACAGCACGCUGACAUUUUUCUGCCUGCUUGGAUCUCCAGCUAGUUUGUUUGUUUGUAAACUGUAAAUAUCGUUAUUAUAAAAUCUUUAUACUGUUAUAAGUUAUUGCAUGCUGAAUGCGACUUUUACGUUUAGAUUAUUGUGGCACGUUUGUGUGGUGCAGUUAUUUGUUGAAGAAAGGUUUUCCCUGGGAUGAAUGCAUGUUUCCCCUUUGCGUUGCAUCGCCGGCAGUUGUAAGUUUGUAAUCUUGUUUCUUUUAUGCUUUUUUUGCCUGUUAUUUUUGUGCUCAGCAUGCAGUUGCAUGGAUGUCAACGAGAUUUCGUCUUUUGAUUUUUAAAUGUAAAAUGAAUUUUAAAAAUUUUAAAAUUCAUUUUAAAAUUUCAAAAAAAUCGUGGAAGUCUGUAUCGGUGUAAAAACGAUCUUCAUGGCCAGGUGCAUUUACGUGCAAAAUUUGAAGGAGAUCGGUCCAUAAUGAGACUUUUGGUACACCUGAAUGCAUUUAAACUUUUGGAAGUUUCUUACUGCCAUAACUCCCG